UCCAGUCUUGUAAAGCUAGGGCCUGUCCCCCGCACAGGUAACAGCUGAUCCAAAACGCUCUUUUUUUCGUCCAUGGACUGGAAGCGAUGAGCGGUCGCGACCGAUCGCAACACCAACAUCGACACCGGGCAACACCUGGUGAAAGAAACCGUCGCCGUGUCACGCGGAGUUAAACGCUGGCAUCCGAAUAUCCAUCUCAAUUAGAUGACGGCGCGGCGCCGUGGGCUGGCAGGUCAUGGGGGCCUGUCUCGGCCACUGUUUAGCAAAAGUCACAGAUUUUGUGCCGUACAGGUACAGGUUCUAUCAAAGGCAUACCAGAAUGUCUUUCCAAGAAGAAGAACAAGAUGAGUUCAUGGACAGUGGAGGGCACGAAGACCAAGCUAAAGGAUCAAAAAGUCUCUUAUCAUUCCUCUCUUUAAAAAGAUUCAAGAAAAAACGUGGGGUCCCGGUGACUUUGGAAUUAUUGGACGAGGGAAGGUGGUCACGAGGUGGCAAUAAGUACUCCAGAUUGAGUUCCAGGAAUGAUGUUUCAACGAGUUCCGGUCUGGACAUGUCGCUUCAAGUUCUUGAUGCAAGAACGCUCAUGAAACAACAGGCUUAUGUCUCGUCCACUCCGGGAUCAUCGCUGGACCUUGAAUGGGAGCAUGAAGGGAUGCCACUGCCAAUCAUGGAAGAUGAAAAGGGAGAGACAGAGUAUUCUUUAACAUCUCAUACGUCCUCUGAUAACAGUCAACCCUCUAGUCUGACGGCAUCUCCUUGGUCCAGAGUCUCAAGUCCAAAUAGUUUAGAAUGGGAUCCAGUGGAACCAGAGAUGGUAUGUGUCGAUAUAGAGACUGAACAACUUCUAACUGAGAUAGAGAGAUUAACAGACAGAGCUCUUAAAGAGACUGGUGAGUGGACUAACUCUAAUACCGAUAGCUGAUAAACGAUUCAAUUGUAAGUAAUUAUCGAGAUAUUGUUUGUAUUUUUGUAUUAUAAAAAUCCAAUGACGGAGUUAAAACAGUUGUCCUAUACUUGCGAGAAAUUAUAUUAUUUCGAUAUUACUAUUCUUGAAACGAUAUAACUAUGUUUAUAUCGUUUCAAAAAUGUGUAUUGUACAACUUAGGAUAUGUCAUAUACAAUCACGAAUACUGUACAGAGUAUCUUAUAAUAAUAUAUAGCACAGAAAGGAAUUAUAUCAAGUUACCAAAUUGAGAAAAAUCAUUUGCAGCAUAUGCAAUAUAUACAAUUAUAUACAUAAAUAAAUGAUAUAUUUUUUGUUUUCAAUUUUUAGGUAAGGCAUUUGCUUGCUUAAAAAUGGAAAAUUAAACUUUAAAAAUUAGACUUUAAUAAUAUAUCAAAUUUCAGUUUUGCUUUUACCUCACGCAGCUUCCGUAUGACAAUAAAUUAUUUUUUAUAAAAUAAAAUCAUAUGUGCCAUAUUUUACUUCUACACUUUAAUUUUUUAAUACAGAUAUGCACUUAAAUGACUUUUGAUUUUAUACAUUAAAACAAUAGAUUAUUUAAAAAUAAUACAAAUACCAAUAAUAAUGCAAAGAAAUAUGCGAGAUUCUAGUAUAGCAUAUUAUUUUUUAUGCAAUUUUCAAGCUAUUAGCUAUUAUCUAAAUCAGAGAGAUAUAUGCGAUUUAAAGUUCACACGUCAACAGAACAUAUAAUUUAGAAAGAUAGCAAAUGUACAAAAGAAGAAAGUUUCAGAUGGGAAUUAUUUUAUUGUAAUGAAAAGCAUGUAAGAACGAAAUUACGAAUUGUUACUGUAAAUGAUAAAUGUAGAAUGCCUUAACAUAGAUAAUAAAAGACUAUGAAGUUUGCUAUAGUUUA